AUUUCUCUAAGCACAAAAUUAACACUUCUUUUUCACAAGCUAACUGUAGAAGAAAGGCCCUAGCUGCUGCAGUGAUGAGUAACUACGGAGAGGAGGAGAUUGUUCGCCCUGUUGCUGACUUCUCUCCAAGUCUUUGGGGUGAUCGUUUCCAUUAUUUCUCCCUCGAUAAUCAGGUUGAAAAAGAGUAUGCUCAAGAGAUUGAAACAUUGAAAGAGCAAACAAGGAGUAUGUUGUUAGCUGCGAGUGGAAUGACAUUGGCUGAGAAGUUGAAUCUGAUAGACAUUGUUGAGCGCCUUGGCUUAGCUUACCAUUUUGAGAAACAAAUAGAAGACAUGUUGGAUCAAAUUUACAAAGCACAUCCUAACUUUGAGAGUCAUGAAUACAGUGACUUAACUACUUUAUCCGUUCAGUUUCGACUACUGAGACAACAUGGUUACAAUAUCUCUCCAAAAAUUUUUAGCAGAUACCAAGAUGCAAAGGGAAAAUUUAACGAACCCCUUAGCAACGACAUCAAAGGUCUAUUGAACUUAUAUGAAGCUUCACAUGUAAGGACUCAUGGAGAAGACAUCUUAGAAGAGGCACUUGCUUUCUCCACUGCUCAUCUUGAAUCUGCAGCUCCACAUUUGAAGUCACCUCUGAGUAAGCAAGUCACACAUGCCCUUGAGCAAUCUCUCCAUAAGAGCAUUCCAAGAGUUGAGACACGAUACUUCAUCUCUAUCUACGAAGAGGAGGAACAUAAGAAUGAUGUGUUGCUUCGAUUUGCAAAACUGGACUUCAACUUACUUCAGAUGUUGCACAAACAAGAACUCAGUGAAGUAUCAAGGUGGUGGAAAGAUUUGGAUUUUGUGACAACACUUCCAUAUGCUAGGGAUAGAGCAGUUGAGUGCUACUUUUGGACGAUGGGAGUGUAUGCUGAACCUCAGUAUUCUCAUGCUCGUGUCAUGCUUGCUAAGACUAUAGCAAUGAUUUCUAUAGUAGAUGACACAUUCGAUGCUUAUGGAAUCGUAAAAGAACUCGAGGUUUACACCGAUGCCAUACAGAGGUGGGAUAUCAGCCAAAUUGAUCGGCUCCCAGAUUACAUGAAAAUCAGUUAUAAAGCACUUCUAGAUCUCUACAACGAUUAUGAAACAGAGUUGUCAAUGGAUGGUAGAUCCGAUGUUGUUCACUACGCCAAAGAAAGAAUGAAAGAAAUCGUGAGAAACUAUUUUGUGGAAGCAAAAUGGUUCAUUGAAGGAUACAUGCCACCUGUUUCUGAGUAUCUUAGCAAUGCAUUAGCUACUAGCACUUAUUACUUGCUUACGACAACAUCCUACUUGGGCGUGAAAUCUGCUAACAAGGAAGAUUUUGAAUGGUUGGCUAAGAACCCUAAAAUCCUUGAAGCCAAUGUGACUUUAUGUCGAGUCAUUGAUGAUAUAGCAACCUAUGAAGUUGAGAAGGGUAGAGGUCAGAUUGCAACUGGAAUUGAGUGUUAUAUGAGGGAUUAUGGCGUAUCAACAGAAGUAGCAAUGGAAAAAUUCCAAGAGAUGGCUGAGAUAGCAUGGAAGGAUGUAAAUGAAGGAAUUCUUCGACCAACACCUAUCUCUACAGAAAUCCUUACUCGUAUUCUCAAUCUGGCUCGUAUUAUAGAUGUCACUUACAAGCACAAUCAAGAUGGAUACACUCAUCCAGAGAAGGUUCUAAAACCUCACAUUAUCGCUUUGUUGGUAGAUUCUAUUGAAAUUUAAAUUAUCAAUUCACCAAGGAAUACUUGGUACUUCUCAGUCCCUUAAAUAAGUAAUUGGUGAUAUCGUGCAAUGAAGUUACUUUCUUAA